AUGAUUACCGAUUUGCAUCAACAAUGGCUAAGUAGUGGAGGUGUUCGGAAUGGGGGAAGAGUGGUGGAGAAGCUUUCAGAUUCUCCACCCUCAAAUGAUCUCUAUCAUCAAUUUCUUCUUCGUGCACAACCGAUCAUAAAUCCGGUUAUGAAGAUUGAUCCCGAUGAGAUUCCACAGCAAGACGAGAACGAUUCGACUUCGUAUGAAGACUCUUUGAUUGGAUCAGAUGGAUCUCCGACUGGCUGUCCAUUGAACCUUCUCUCACCAUUGCCAAUUGUGAUAACUCCAUCGCAACCAAUGAAAAAGUUCAAAAACAUUCGCAAGUCCGACCAGUUCAAAUGUGCGGUUUGUGGAGACAAGCCAACCGGUUACCACUACGGGACGAUCUCAUGCAAUGGAUGCAAGACAUUUUUUAGGAGAACCAUCAUCGCUAACCGAAAAUUCACUUGCUCGAAGGGUGGCCGAUGUUGCUUUGACAAAGAUUUUCGAUGUGCUUGCCGAGCUUGUCGUUUCCAGAAGUGCGUUCUUGUUGGAAUGGAUCCAAGUGCGAUUCAAUAUCCAACAAAAGCCGAGAAACAAGAAAUUUUCGAUGAUGAGGAUAUGCCGAGUACUUCUACUGAUGCUUAUGAACAACAGCUCCAAGUGGUUUCUCUUGCUUCUCGAGAUGACCUCGCUUUCACAGAACUCCUUGACAAUUUGAUGAGAAGAGAAACGUCAUCAGUGUAUAUGAGAAGAACCGAGUGUCCUUGGUCAUUCGAGAUGUCACUUCCUGAACUCUUGAAAAAACCGUGUAUUCUUGGAAAAAGUUUCGUAGAUAUGUGCAAGGUGACAGCAGAAGAAUCAACCUUGCAAGCGUAUCAUCAAAAUCCAAUCCGUUUCUGGAUGGUCGCUGACAUGUUUUUGGCUUGUGAAUACGCGAAGACGUUUGGACAAUUUCAUCAACUCAGCGAGUUAGAUCGGCGUAUACUUCUCUCACAAGCCGUUGGUCUCAUCAUAAUGCUCGUCCAAUCAUUCUAUUCAUUGGAGCAAAAGAGUGAGAAACUUCUUUUCCCCGAUGGAACCGAUGCCCUUGAUUUUCAAAUGAAUAGAUUUAAUUUCAAAUUCGAAGACUACUUCCGAGAGAAUUACUGCCGACCAAUUGCCAUGCUGCGAGCUUGUGGAAUGGAGAAGCAACAUUAUGUACUCAUGAAAGCAAUUGUCCUGUUUAGCCCAGGCGCUUGUGAACUAUCAGAUGAAGGACGGAUCGUUGUCGAUAAAGAGAGAAGUCGACUUUGCACGGCGCUUCACCGUCUUCUCAUCGCUCAACUUGGAGAGCAAAAGGGCUCACUCCGUUAUGCCAAUUACUUGAUGAACAUCGAAAACUUUGUGCGAUUGAACGAGAAGAAAAGAUCACAUCUUGAGUUGAGCGAGUUAGUGCGUAAAGUGAGAUUGACUCCAUUGGGUGAAGAGAUCUAUCUCAAAAGACACUUCAAGUACAAUCUC